AUGGCGUCUGACUCGGCAAACCUCACAUGUGAGCAUUGCGGAGAUACGUUCCUGCGUAAAGAGCACUGGGACCGUCACCUGCGAAGGCAUUCUGGUGUCAAGCCAUUUCAAUGCGAGGUUUGCUCCAAGUCCUUCGCUCGGAGGGACACCCUCAUGCGCCACAGUAGCAUUCACCACAAUGAAGAUCAGAUACACAGCAUGCCGCGCCGCUGUGUCCAAGCUUGUCUUUCCUGUGCCCGACUCAAGCAGCGUUGUCGGGGCGGCUUGCCAUGUGCACGCUGCCAGCAAGCCGGAACCAAGUGCACAUAUAGCCCAGGAAGGGCCGCAAAUGUCACAUAUUCCUCCUCUCGAAGGAGCGAAACACCCGCUGCUCGCAUUGAUGCUGUGAUGAGCAGCUCGAUUCCACCUGAUCCACAUCCUAACAAUGUCAAUAGUCAAUCAAUCGGGCUUCACGUCACGCAUAGGCAACCACUGGAGGCCGCUGAGCAGUCCGCUUUGUAUCACAAUACCAACGACCCUACCAGCAGCCCUACCAGUAACAGCCAAGGCCGCUUUUCAUUUUCUCCUACUGUGGCUAUGCACUCAAUUCCUGCGCCCACUACUUUUACACCUUCAUCGCUAGGUAAUGACACUGCUCUCCAUACAUCCAACCAAUGGAAUCCCUCUUUGUCUCUCCAUGGAGACACAGUGAUGAACGAAUUUGCAGCCGGUUGGGAUCCUAUGACAGCUUACUUUCCAUUCUGGCUGGUACCCGAGGGACUGAGAGAUGUCCUUGACACUCCAUAUGACAUGGGAAACCACAACCAGCAGUGCGGUGUCGAGACGCAUAACCACCCCCCAGAUUAUUAUGUGCAAAGCCAAGGAACUUCCACUCUAUCAACCGACUGA